ACGCAGAGAGUGCUACAGUCAUUGCUUACAGUCCGAUCGUCGGAGUCCGAAUGCUUCAUUCAGUGCCAAGAGUUCAGAGUGAAAAGUGGUCAGCAUUUUUCCGUGGGAUCAUACGGCACACCACCAUGUGGCUUUCCUCAUCAAAUACCCAAUCAAUUGCUGCGAUUGCGAACAAUUGCUAAAAAAAAAGAUCAUGGACAGUGCGCGAAAGAUCCUCAAGUGAUAGCAUCCACUGUGAGGGAAAAGUGAAAAUGCUGCUGGUGCCAAAAGUGAAUUUAAAGUACCUUCUCAUCCUGAGUGUGUGGGUGUUUGUGAUUGUGGGGACGGUGUAUGUGUUCAAUUUUAUUGUGAUCUACGAUCCAUCCGUCUACGUGGGUGGUGAUCGUGGUGCCCGGACAUCCCUCAUACGGGACUACCUCACGUCCGGGCAGUACAAUCAACUUGUGGAUGUGGCCAAUGAGAUGGAACUCGAUGUUGAUCCCAUGCGAGAGCGUGAUUUUAAUGAAAUUGUCCGUGACAUUGAGACGAGGGUACCCUUUCUGCCGCUCGACUUCUGGGCGCGCCAAACACUCAUCGGGCGCAAGAAGAUGAAGCCACAGUGUGGCAAAUUCCCAUCAAUUUUUGAAUUGGAAAUUAAUAAUGAUCUAUGGCAGACACAGCGAACGUCCAAUGGUACGUAUCAGCUGUUCGGUGCGUACAUGGAUAAUCGCAAGAGCAAUGCCAACGAUCAGUGGUACAUUCGCAUCUUGGGCAUGAUUGACCGAGUGGAUACACACUUACCGAUGUUCUGCCAGAUAUGGUAUGAUCAGCAGGAGAAACCAGUUAUAGUGCCCCUCGAGGAGUAUCACUACAUCUGGAUCAAAAGCUGGGGCAAUGCAUUUGAUGGUCAGUACCAACCCUACUUGCUCUCCUGCCCCAUUCCAUGGGAUCAUCGUCACUUGGUACCAGUAUCGGUGUCUCUUGUUGAGCAACAAUGCGCCACAGCAACGAAUAAUCUCAAAGUCUUGUACAAUCGUCCAUUGGAUAAUGAGAAGAAAAUGUUCGCGGUAUGCGUUAAGGGAUUGGAUUUUCUCUACCAGGACCUCUCAGUUCGACUCAUUGAAUGGAUAGAACUCCUUGGGAUCCUUGGUGCGGACAAAAUCUACUUCUAUGACCUCCAAAUUCACCCCAAUAUGUCCAAAGUUCUUCAAUACUACAAGAAGUUAAAUAAAGUUGAAGUGACAAAACUCACUCUUCCCGCUGGAAAGCCCAACAUUCCAGGACUUCAGCAUCUCUUCCUCACGCAAAAACUCUACCAGAAGCGACAAAAUGAGAUCAUCCCCUACAAUGAUUGUCUCUACAAGAAUAUGUACAAAUAUCAGUACAUCACCCUCUUGGACAUUGAUGAGGUGAUCAUGCCCAAGGGCGACAUCCUCAACUGGAGAGAAUUAAUGGAAAUGAUCUCAGCUAAGGCCGAUCACGGAAGCCCUCUGCCUUUUCCCAGCUACAACUUCCGAAAUGUCUACUUCCUCGAUUCGCACUACCACCUGGACAGGACCUCCCCCGAGUCAAGAGAUAUUCCCGAAUUCCUACACAUGCUCCAGCACACGAAUCGUGCUGCCGUGUACAGUGCACCCAAUGAGCAUGUUAAGUGCAUCCACAGAGCCAACCGGAUCCUCACCCUUCACAACCACUUUGCCAUGAGUUGCCUACAGGGAUCAUGUGCAGCGUAUGAGAUUGACGUGGAGGAUGCCCAGUUGCAGCACUACCGAUAUGACUGUGUGACCACAGUACAACGAAAGUGCCACAACAUGACUGAAUUCUAUGUGUCAGAUAAGAACAUUUACAAAUUCAAAGAUGACCUCAUCAAGCGCUCCCUCAAAACUCUCUACCAGCUGGGUUUCCUGAAAUUCAGGAAUGACUCAACCGUGUCCCCGUAGAGUCAUAAAUACAGUACAUACUAACCUUUAUGCACUGUGGAAUUGCUUAAUUUCCCCGGCGAUAUCACUUUUCGCGAUAUUGUCACCUCAUGUGUUAAUUGCAUCGUGAAGCCUGCACGCGUGCUUAACACUUUCACUGCUCUCGUCAAAUACAAAUAAAUUAACUUGGAUGGUAAUUAGGAAAUGCACAAAAGAACUCGAUGGCAUUUUCUAUGUUGUGAAUUGCAACAUUGCAACACCCGUGUGCACAUAUGACAAAAAACAUUAGUUUUAUGCAAUCCUUUAUCGGUAAAUUUCACGACUAAUAAAUCUCCACGACACCAUCGCAAGUACUACAGAUGUGGAUGGAAAAUGCUUAUGAUGAUUAUUGAAAAUUGCUAAAUACCCCGAGAGGAACCUUCGAUUGAACAAUUAAAGCACCUCUUCUGUGAACUCCAGUACAGAGAGCGUCCAGUGAUAAAAAACGAGACGAGAGAAGAAAUUGAAAAUGUACAAAAAAUAUUGUUUGAAUUGUGUUGUGAACAAGGAGGAAAAAAAUGCGAAUCGCGAAUAAAUGUCGUCACCUCUGUCA